AUGUGUAACCGGAAUGUGUUGCGUGAUGUCUUGCAGGGACAAAUUCAUACCAGCGUACAGACCAAGCUGCGAUAUGGGGCUUUGGCGAACCUUCUUGGUGACAAGGCGUCCAGAAAACUGACAAAAGGAAGCAAAGUGAUAACUGUAGAUGGCAACUUAUGUACUGGGAAGGGCAGGGUCGCAAAAACAAUAGCAGAGAGUUUAGGCCUAAAGCACUUUCCAGAAGCAGGGGUCCAUUACAUAUCCAGCAUCUCAGGAGAUGGGAAACCCUUGGAUGAGGAGCUCACUGGCAGUUGUAGUCUGGAGAAGUUUUAUGAUAACCCGCACAGCAAUGAUGGCAACAGCUACCGCCUGCAGUCUUGGCUGUACUGCAAUCGCCUUGUGCAGUAUGCAGACGCCCUGGAGCACCUGCUGAGCACGGGACAAGGUGUGGUCUUGGAGCGCUCCAUCUACAGCGAUUUUGUCUUCCUGGAGGCAAUGUAUAACCAGGGCUACAUUCGGAAGCAGUGUGUGGACCACUAUAAUGAGGUGAAGAAACUCACCGCCCCGGAGUACCUGCCUCCCCAUGUGGUGGUCUAUAUUGAUAUACCUGUGCCGGAGGUCCAGCAGCGAAUCCAGGAGAAGGGCGACCCACAUGAAAUGAAGGUCACCUCUGCCUAUCUCCAGGACAUCGAGAAUGCCUAUAAGAAGACCUUUCUCCCUGAGAUGAGUGAGAAAUGUGAGGUUUUGAUAUACAGUGCAAGGGACAUCCGAGAUGCAGUAAAGGUGGUAGAGGACAUUGAAUACCUCAAAUAUGACAAAGGACCCUGGCUGAAGCAGGAUGACCAUAGCCUUCACAAACUGCGGAUGCUGGUUCAAGAUAAGUUGGAAGUGCUGAAUUUCACUACUAUCCCUGUGUAUCUCCCAGAAAUUACAGUUGGAGCUCACCAAACUGACCGGGUCUUCCACAAAUUCAGAGAGCUGCCAGGACGCAGAUACGCCCCAGGGUACAACGCCGAGGUGGGUGACAAGUGGAUCUGGCUAAAGUGAAUGGUGCCCUCCACGUGCGCUGCAUCACAGCAGUGAAGAUGCGUCUGCUCUGUGGGCACUGUGCAGGGAGCAGAUGGCUGCAAGUCACACCGCAGAAGAGAUGGCCUGGCAGAGGCGGUCGCCCCUUUACGUAGUGAAGUGGCAGAAAGAGAUGCCACUGAGAAGCUUUGGAGCCUCUCGCAUUGCUGGAAUGCUCUGCAGUUCCAGGGGAGACACCUGCGCAGCAGCCCUCUCCUGAAGCUUCACGUCUCCUUGUAGCCCUGGGUCAUGCAGCUUUCAUGCAUUGUUCUUCAGCUCCUGAAAUAAAGCCGUUUCCACGGAACUGCUGCCUGCCUCUGCACACACACGUGCCGUGCACAUACACGCCACGCACAUACGUGCACACGUGUGUGCACCCACACUCCCUGCGCUGUCUGUCGUGGUGGUGCGGUUAAUGCAGGCAUACCAUAUGAAAGACAUUUUCCUGGGGCUUUUCCCAUUGUAGCAGUCUCAUGGAACAAUCAGAAAAGUAGACAGUAGUUUCAGAACAGGAAGGUGGCCGUAGAUUGUAGAACACUGUAGGAUGUAAAAGGAAUUUCAGCCCCAGUUCACAGGCUCCUGUCCCAGGGGCUGUGCUGAUCCUGAUCUUUGCAGGGAACGUGAGCUGAGAAGGUGGGGAGAGCGCCCAGCCUACUGCCCUCCUCACCCUGUAAGGAGAAGGCAAGCCAUGCUGCUGUCGUAGACUUAGAAAACAGAAAUAGCUUUCUUGCAGCAUAGCUGAAGAUUAGCAUUGCUGUCCAGGAACCCAGCAGCAAGUAAUGGAUCCUAUGAGACUGGGGUUUCAGCUGUAGAGUUCUGUCUGCACAGCAACUGUCAUCUACAUUGAUGAUUUAGAUUUAAAUUAAUGUAAAUGUAGUGCAGCUUAACAUUCAGCUUCUUGGUUGUAUGGCAUACAGCCUCUGUCCAGUGGCCGUGUGCCCUGUGACAUCAGCGUUGUGUGGUGCAGAAGUGAACACUUUGAUCUUGCAGGACGGUGUGAGGCCUUGCUGCUGUGCAGCACGCACAAGAAUACAUCCCCAGCCUCCCCCACUUUACCUCCUUGGAAGUAAAGUGUCCAGGUGUAAGUGGGCACUGCUUUGACCAUGCAGUGGAAGUGCAGCUCCGCAGGGGGUACUGCAGCAGUGUCCUUGAUCUGCUCUGUUCACAGACCCAGGAGUGAGAGGAGAGGGCAUCUGUUGUGGUGGCAAGGCUUCUGGCCUGUGUCCCGAGACCUGGCUGGGGUGUAUGGUGCUCAGCUAUAGCUCAGCUGCAGUGUUGCAGCUUAGUGUGGUGUGGACCGGCCCUGGGAGAGGCCACAUGUGUUUGAGCUGACCCUGUGUGGUCACUGACAGCACAUGACCUUUGUGUGGAAGUGUGCUGCUUCAUUUUCUGCUGUCACACUCCUGGUCUUGUCUCGGACUAGAAACCCUGAAGAGGAAGCUCAGUGUCCUUGUGUGUUUCAGUACAUGGUUUUGAAUAUUGGGAUUCCCAGUGCUCUGAGCUAGGAACUCUGCAUAAUGUUGCAACAGUGUAGUUUUGUGUCUGUGCUUAUAGGUGUUUGUUUAUUGUAAACAUGAGAAUAUUGUAUUAAAGUCCUAUUUUUUUCUGAAA